AUGAGCCAGCAAUUCUCUGCCGCAACAGUGGCGACUCACAACAAACCUACCGAUCUUUAUAUCAUAGUUGACGGGAACGUAUACGAUUUGACGAAAUUUCAAGAUGACCAUCCAGGCGGAAAGAAAAUACUUCAACGCGUUGCUGGGAAAGAUGCAAGCAAGCUGUUUUGGAAAUAUCACAAUGAAGGCAUCCUUAAGAAAUACCAAGCCAAACUCUUGGUUGGAUCCCUAGACACAAACAAACCCACAGAAACACCCGUAUCUCAAAUAAAAGAACCCGAGGUAUCUUCGCAGACUACUAUCGCAUCGCCAGUUUCAAGUGAACAAAAAGCGAAGGUGACUGCCCAGCAAAAAAACGAGACACACGAGGGAAUGGAAUCGCUCGGAGACAUGAUUCCAUUUGCAGAUCCGAGUUGGUACCAAGGUUUCUACUCCCCCUUCUACAAUUCCACUCACAUGGACUUGGCAAAAGAGGUCCGUGGAUGGAUUACUGCUACCGUGGAACCCCAUGUGAAUGACUGGGAGGAGGCAAAGCGGGUUCCAGAAGAAAUUUACAAAGCCAUGGGCACACGAGGCUAUCUAGCUGGCCUCGUCGGAACUCAUUACCUAACAGAAUAUACCGGCAGGCGCAUCGCCUCAGUUGCACCUGAAGAAUGGGACUUAUUCCACGAAGUAAUCUUAGCAGAUGAGCUAAGUAGACCUGGAUCUGGUGGCUUCAUUUGGAAUGUGAUUGGGGGUUUCUCCAUAGGCUGUCCUCCACUCGUCAAAUCGGGCAAAGAGGCAUUAAAAAAAAGAAUAUUACCCUCAAUUCUAAAUGGUGACAAGCGCAUAUGUCUGGCGGUGACAGAGCCUGAUGCUGGCUCGGACGUCGCAAAUAUAGGUUGUCAAGCAGUGCUGAGUGAGGACGGAAAGCAUUACAUCGUAAAUGGAGAAAAGAAGUGGAUAACUAAUGGUGUAUGGUGUGAUUACUUCACCACUGCUGUCCGAACGGGUACCAAGGAGAGUGGUAUGAAGGGAAUAAGCGUUCUGUUAAUAGAGCGGAGCUUUGGUGGCGUCAACACUAGGAGAAUGGAUUGCCAGGGAGUAUGGAGCAGCGGGACGACCUACGUUACUUUUGAAGACGUUAAAGUGCCUGUCGAAAAUUUGAUAGGCGAAGAAAAUAAAGGCUUUAAAGUCCUAAUGAAUAACUUCAACCAUGAACGUUUUGGCAUAAUUGUACAAUCGCUACGGUUUUCUCGCGUGUGCUACGAGGAAUCUGUAAAGUAUGCCAGUAAACGUCAUACCUUCGGAAAACCACUUAUCCGCCAUCCCGUGAUUCGCCUGAAGCUUGCGAAUAUGGCUCGCCAGAUAGAAGCUGGAUAUGCGUGGUUCGAAUCACUUAUAUCUCAAGUUAGCCACAUGCCUGAGGAAAUCGCAAUGCUACGUCUAGGUGGCCCAAUAGCCGGGCUAAAGGCUCAGAGCACAAUGACAUUUGAAUUUUGUGCACGAGAAGCGAGUCAGAUCUUCGGCGGCCUCAGUUACAGUCGUGGGGGGCAAGGUGCAAAGGUGGAACGAUUGUAUCGUGAUGUGCGAGCUUACGCUAUACCCGGAGGAAGUGAAGAGAUUAUGCUCGAUUUAAGUAUGCGACAAAGUCUUAAGGUUGCAGAGUUCAUGGGCAUGAAAUUAUAG